AGUAUUGUCAAAUUUGUCAUUAUAGGUUAUAUUUUCUUAUCAUAAUAGUUUAUUUUCUAUAACUUAAUUAUGAUAAAUACUAGAUAAAUUAUAUAACGUAUUAAACUCGAGUGAUUUAACAAUGAGUUUACAAUUCAGAAAUCCAGGUUGUGAAUUAGAUUUAGGUUGGUUGAAUAGUGUUAAUAUAAAUUUAUCGGCUACGAAUGAUUUAGUAAAAAAGAUAAUUUCGUCUAAGGAAUUAAAAAACGAAUAUAGAGCAGCAUGGAUUUUGAAAGCAAUUACGUUGAUCGAUUUAACAACUUUAGCAGGCGAUGAUACCAAAUCUAACGUGACAAGGCUUUGUUUUAAGGCAGCAAAACCGAUAGCGGACGAUGUUUUAAAUGAAUUAGGUUUUAAUUAUAAUGUAGAUUCACCGAUUCAUACAGCAGCAGUUUGUGUUUAUCCGGCUAGGGUAGCAGACGCUGUUGAUGCCCUAUCUAAAAUGGGUAUGUGUAAAAAAAUCGCAGUAGCUUCCGUUGCUACCGGUUUCCCAAGUGGUCAAUACGACAUUAAAACGAGGUUAGAAGAGAUCCGAUUUUCAGUUAAAAACGGCGCUAACGAAAUAGACAUCGUAAUAGAUCGAGGAUUGGUAUUAACAGGUAAAUGGGGGGAGUUGUAUCAACAAAUACAGGUUAUGAAAGAUGCUUGUGGGCCUGAUGCGCAUCUUAAAGCCAUAUUGGCAACUGGGGAGCUUGGGACGCUUACGAACGUGUAUAAAGCUUCUUUGGUCGCCAUGAUGGCCGGUUCUGAUUUUAUUAAAACUUCUACUGGGAAGGAAUCUGUGAACGCCACAUUGCCAGUUGGCUUAGUGAUGGCGAGAGCCAUUAAGGAUUAUUAUGAAAGAAUGGGGUACAAAGUUGGUUUGAAGCCGGCAGGGGGAGUUAGGACGGCGAAUGAUGCUUUGAAUUGGUUGAUUUUGAUAAAAGAAACGUUAGGAAACGAGUGGCUGAACAAAGAAUUGUUCAGGUUCGGUGCUUCGGGAUUAUUGGGAGAUUUGGAAAGCAAUUUAUAUGAAUAUGUGACCCGAAAAACACCAGCUGGGUAUGAAUUUGCCAUGGGUUGAUUGUAUUUUCAUUUUAUUACUUGGUUAUUAAUAAAACAUUGCGAUCGA